AUGCGCUCAACAAAUGUCAAACUGUCCUUAGAAGACCUUGGUCAAUAUGCCGAAUCAACCGAAGAAUUGCCAGAGACUCAAAGUCUUGCAGCUGCCCGAUUAAAAGACAAGAUUUAUUGUCUCAAGGCUGCCGAUGACUGGCUUCUUCAGCAUUGUUAUGCCAAAGAGAACCUCGAGAUAGAGCGACUUUCAGGCGAGCGACUACCUCUUGAACGAUGCUACAUCAAUCUCAUGGUUAUACCCCACGCCAGGAACCAGACUUCUCGACUUUCAAAUCUUACACCCGGUAACAAAAUCGCAAAUCUGUCUUUGUUCCGGCGGUUGAAUGUCCAGGGCCCGGAUGGCGGCGUCAGAGUCAGAUUCCACGACAUAUUUAACGUCGCCCGGUCUCAUGGCGCAGCAUCGAAACACUCGACACGAAUACUUAUUCGUGGUCAAGCUGGUGUUGGAAAGUCGACGUUCUGCAAGAAAGCUGUUCACGACUUUGUGCAGAACCGGGUCUGGAAGCAACACUUUGAUCGCAUUCUCUGGGUUCGACUACGAAACCUAUUAUCACGAAAUGGAGGACACAACCUCAAGGAGCUCUUUUGUGAUGAAUUCUUCUCGCAGCAUCCAUAUUGCAGCGACCUUGCUGAAGCGUUACGAGAUGCGUGUACGGACCCCGGCGGCGGUAAGACAUUAUUCUUGCUCGACGGCCUGGAUGAGGUCUGGCAUUUGUUACAGCCAGGUGAUGAUCUCGCAAAAUUUGUCAUAUGCCUCCUCAAUCAACCUAAUGUGUUGGCACUAUCUCGACCCUCCGUUCCAAUUCAGUCUUGCAUUCAGCCGUUUGACCUGGAACUCGAAAUGAUCGGCUUUGGGACAGAUCAGGUCUACGAAUAUGUCAAGCACAUUGAGCCCGAAAGACACCAAGAGAUUCAGACCUUUCUCUCGUCUCGCCCGCUCAUUGAAGACCUCGUCCGUAUCCCCAUUCAACUCGAUGCGCUCUGCUAUGGCUGGGAUCAAGUUCACAACCAGGGCCCAGAAACCAUGACGGAUCUCUACCAGUCUAUCGAAAAAGGUCUAUGGCGGAAGGAUAUUGUGAGAUUGGGAAAGUCAAUGACCAGGCCACCUUCAAAUGAGAAGGACAAGGGUUCUGAUAUGGAGGUUGAAGAGGCGAUCGAAGAUGAAGCAAUAUUUAUUGAACAACUCGCAUUUACUGGGUUGUGUAAUAACAUUGUCGAGUUCCAGGACAAACACGUCGAUAUUAUUUGCCGAUGUAUCGGCAUACACUCUAUCUUUGUCGAAAAUACCCUACCAGAGCUUUCCUUUCUACGGACGUCAGACUCAUCAGUCGGAAAGCCGAGUCGUAGCUAUCACUUUCUGCACCUGACUCUACAAGAAUACUUCGCCGCCCGGUACUUUGUGCGCAUUUGGCUGCAGAAAAACAAGGCGGAUCUUGUCUGCAUAAACUUUGACCAAAAUGCGAAAGUGUAUGCGCACACCUCGUCUCACGCAACCAUGAAACCAAAGGACUUCCUUUCUCAAAACAAAUACUCAUCUCGCUACGACAUUAUGUGGCGGUUUGUUGCCGGGCUAUUGCACUCAGGGAGGAACGGCUCUGACGAACGGGCGUUACAUUUUCUCCAGGCCAUCGACACCAAGCCACUCGAUUUGAUAGGCGUGGCCCAUCAGAGACUGACAAUGCAUUGCCUGGCGGAACUGCGUCCUUCGAUAUCAUCGGAAAGACUUCAAAGCCAUAGAAGCCGCCUUGAGGCUCAUUUAGUGAGAUGGGCUACUUUCCAAGCUCAAAGUAGGAAGCUCCAAGAGGGUGCAUUAGCCGGCGAGCCCGAGUUCCCCCGCAAGGCACUUUUAAUGAUGUUUCAAAAUGAGGAUCCCGUCACCUUCAGAGCCGCAUUAAUGGCUUAUAAGAAGAGGAUGCGCUCAGGGUCUCAGACCCCACUCGAAUUCGAGAAUGUCCUGACAUGUCGGCUCAGAAAGGCUGGUUUUGAGAAGACACAAAAAUAUGGCGGAGCUUUACUUGAGAAUGAUGUUUCUAUGAUAGUAAAGUCCCUUGGUUUGCCGCAGAACUGGACUGAAAGUGCAAAACUUGCCUUAAGUCUGAGUCUUGAGAAUGGGAAUCCUUGGGUCAAAUCUGGUAUUCUUUCUGCUCUGAACGACUUUCCAGCGACUAUAGCGACCUAUAUCGAAUCUAUCUCUACCAUUCUUGACUCUGAUGAUGCUAGCCUAAGAUGGCGGACCAUGGUAAGAUUGAGCGGGCAGAAGAACCUUCCCCGGUCGACUCUUGAUCGGAUGGCAAAGUUUCUGUGCAGAUCAGAAGAGACACGUGUCGCAAGAGAAAAGGUUUUUGACAUCCUGACAGCUGAUUCUUACUGGGAGAAGUACCUGGCUUUAAAGUCAACAGAGGACAUAGGCAGUGAGAAGCGAAGGGAUGGUGUGGAUCUUGUGCAGACUGGCCUGAAGCUCAUCGAAUACGAAGAGCCAGAGGAUGUUGGCAUUGCAACCUUGGCGCUUGGCUACCAAAACCAGAAGCUACCGAGAAUGGCUAUCAACAAGAUCUUGACGAACCUUGGGCGAGAUGAUGUAGUUAUCAAGCUGGCUUCCUUGGAUGCACUAGCCAGGCAGGCGAAUCUUGAGAUUGAAGAUCUAAGAGCCGUUUCUGAUCAUCUCGAUAACCCAGACCGUGCAGUUCAGCUUGCUGCUAUCAAAGCACUUGAGGGGCGAAGCCAGCUAUCCCUGAUGGAAGAUACGCUGUGCUCCCUUGUCAAGUUUUUGAGGGUCGGGCCUUUGGACAUUGACUCAGAAAUACGACUGAUAGCAGAAAGGAUCUUGCGAUGCCAGGAGUUCCUACCCGAGAGAGUGAUGGAACUUAUGAUAUGCUGUUUCAACGAUGAGACCACUACACCAAAAGGGAGCCAGAAACCUCUAUUCAUUCCUGGAGGGUUUUCAGAUGUUAUGCCGCCGUUCCCAGAAGCGGCACUCAACAAAGUCAUCCCGUAUCUUCGAUCUGAAUAUCAAAAGAUCCGGCGAGGAGCGCUAUUGUUGUUCGAUGGUCAAUCAAAGCUUUCCGAGACUGUGUUACGAGCAAUUAUCGAGUGUCUGGUGGACGAUUACGAGCCCAUCCGUCGACAAGCGAUGAAGACCUUGGAGAGUCAUCGACUGGAUCUAAAUGAACAGCUUCACUCGGCUAUAGACUACCAUCUUGCUGUCAAAGAUGGAACCAAAAGAGACCUGGUUUUCCAAACCGUUUACAGAACAACUGGUUGUCCGGAGGCUCUGCGGCAAGCCAUUGACAAGGCUCUACAUGAUACAGAUGAUCUCAUACGACUCGAUGCUCUUACAUAUUGGAUUUAUCAUCCCGAUAUUCCCGGCAAUCUUCAUGAAGCUGCGGCAGCCUGUUGCGAGGCUCUAACACACAGACACGCUAACGGGAGGCAUGGCAUGAUCAAGACGCUUACUCGUGAGACCAAGAGAUUCCUUCCUGACACAAGAACACUCUAUGCACUCGCCGAAUUUCUCAACGAUGACGACGUGAACAUCCGGCGAGAGACAGUCAGUUAUCUAUCUCGGCAUCCAAACGUACCCCCGAAGAUAACCGCCCAGAUAGCCACCAAGAUCUCAGCGUUUCCAGAUGAUAUCUUUCAGUACACUUCAUCAAUGACCAUUCUUCUACAGCAUAACGACGCUUAUGGAGCGACGUUGGCGAGAGCAAAAGUAGACGAGCAGCUCAAGUUUCUUGUCGAGAGGUCUGAUGUGAUGCAUAUUGCGUGGUAUAUAAAGGACGGACAAAGCCUGAUUGAAACGGGUAGUGGUGUGAUGUGUAAAGAGUUGGAGAGUCCAAGGGCUUUUUUGAGUGCGGUUGAGAAGGCGAGGAAAACGGCAGAGAUGCCUGAUGUUGUGGUGAGGGUGCCGUGGCAAUGGAUGGGGUUUGAGUGGUGA